AUGCACUCCAUGGAUAAUUUAAUUUAUGGCAAAUUGUCCGCAUCAUUACAAGUUGCAGACCAUAUGAUCAGACAUUAUUCGAAACUUGUGGGUUCCAGAAAACACCUGAGCAAAACAUUUCCUGGGAAACUCACGUACAGGAAAGCUAUCAGCAAAUUACAACAAGGCAACGAUCUAGCAGACUCGAGGGAUGCUCAACAAACCCAGGGUGGCGCUAUAAGAUCAGAGGCAUCCUCAUUUGACAGGUCAAAGCGGUCGCGCGGAAAAUCAUGGAAGCUUCCAGAGUUGGCUUUGAGUGAGCAAAAGGUCAUUGAAAGACAAUCUCGUGUUACACCUGAGGGGUGGAGGUCGAUGGACCUCCCUGAGUGGCAGCGGGCAAAAUUUGGAAAGCUUGAUAAAUUGCAAGAACUUGAGAAACGUCGCCAGCUUGCUCUUAGUACUGGAGAUGUUGCUAAAUGGCUAGGACCCCAUCAGAAGUAUGUGCGGGAUCUGAAUCAACCAGUUCAGGCCUUGUGGAGACCACAGAGGAAGCUUUCGCAGGAAAAGCAGGUUAUGGUAUACCAAUUAUAUCAACAGGGGAGAACAAUAGGCGCUAUCGCAAAAGAGUUGAAGAUCAGUUCGGAGGCGAUCCAGCGUAUUGUUAAGGCGAAGAAGCAAGAGACGAAACAAUUUGACAGAGAUAACGAGAAGGACCAAAAGAAGGACAAAUGGAGGGACUUGCUGAAGGUGAGAGAGACCUAA